AUGAAGGCAGCCCUGAUCCUCUCCGCCCUGGCCUCUUGCGCCAUUGGCGUUGUCGCCGCCGAGGACCUCAAGAUCGAAGUCACCCACGCCGUCGAGUGCGAGCGCAAGUCCCAAAAGGGCGACACACUGUCCAUGCACUACAAGGGCACUCUGGCUGCUGACGGCAAGAAGUUUGAUGCCAGCUACGACCGCAACCAGCCCUUCACCUUCAAGCUGGGUGCUGGCCAGGUGAUCAAGGGAUGGGAUCAGGGUCUCCUUGACAUGUGCAUUGGAGAGAAGAGAACCCUCACGAUCCCCCCCGAGCUGGGCUACGGCAACCGCAACAUGGGCCCUAUUCCGGCUGGCUCGACUCUGGUCUUCGAGACCGAGCUGCUGGAGAUCAAGGGUGUCAAAGCCCCCGAGCCCCCUGUGGUCGAGAAAGUGGCCGAGAAGGUUGCCAGCGUUGCCUCCGAGGCUGUCGAUGCUGCCAAGACGGUCAUCGCCGACACUGAUGAGGGCCACGGGGAGCUGUAA